UGGUGACGUCUCCGCUCAACCGACAGGAAGCGAUCGGAGCGGCGCUCGGGUGACGCAUCCUCGGUGUCCGGUGAAGGUGACCGAUGACCAUCCUCCCGAAGAAGAAGCCACCUCCCCCCUCGGACCCAGAAGAUGGGGACCGGGGCGGCUCGGGCGGUGGGGACUCUCACCAGCAUUCCCGCCCCGGGGCCCGGCCCCGCGCCUCCCCGCCCCCGCGCUGGGCCUACCCGGGAACCCCGGGGCCUGGAGCUCAGCAGGCCUCAUCUCCCCCAGGCGGCGGGGGACCAGGAGGAGCGGGGUCCGGCUCGCUAGGGGAGGGGCUGGGGUGCUGCAGCGGGGCGGGUCCCGGGGGCUGCUGCUCAGGGCCCGGACACAGCAAGAGGAGGAGGCAGGGGGGUGUCGGGCCCGGCGGCGGGCCAGGAGCCGUAGGGGGUGUGGCUGGGACCGGGACCAGUCCGGACCGGGACGACGGAGCCGGGAACAACAGCGAGGACGAGUACGAGACGGCUGCCCGAAUCCAGGUCAUGGAUCCGGACACUGCGGAGCAGGGAUGGCGUGAAAGCGUUAGUAAUGUGAUCCCUGCUUCCCACCAGCAGGAGGACUGGUUUGAGAAAGUGCUGAAGGAGAAGAAGGGAUUUCUCAUCAAACAGAUGAAGGAGGAUGGCGCCUGUCUGUUCCGAGCCGUCGCUGAUCAGGUGUACGGGGACCAGGAUAUGCACGAGGUGGUGCGGAAGCAUUGCAUGGAUUACCUGAUGAAAAACGCAGACUACUUUUCAAAUUAUGUAACAGAAGAUUUCACGGCGUACAUCAACCGGAAGCGGAAAAAUAACUGCCACGGCAACCACAUUGAGAUGCAAGCCAUGGCGGAGAUGUACAACCGGCCGGUGGAGGUGUAUCAGUAUGGAACAGAACCAAUCAACACGUUCCAUGGCAUCCAGCAGAAUGAAGAUGAACCAAUCAGAGUGAGCUACCACCGGAAUAUCCACUACAACUCUGUCGUGAACCCCAACAAAGCCACCAUAGGCGUAGGCCUAGGACUUCCAUCCUUCAAGCCUGGGUACGCUGACCAGUCCCUGAUGAAGAACGCGAUCCGAACGUCCGAGGAAUCCUGGAUCGAGCAGCAGAUGUUGGAAGACAAGAAAAGAGCCACAGAUUGGGAGGCCACAAAUGAGGCCAUUGAGGAACAAGUAGCGCGGGAGUCCUACCUACAGUGGCUACGGGACCAAGAGAAGCAAGCCAGACAGCCACGCAAAGCCAGUGCCACGUGCAGUUCGGCAACGGCAGCGGCAUCGAGUGGGCCGGAGGAAUGGAGUAGCCGCUCCCCGAGGCAGCGCAGCACGGCAGGGUCCCCAGAGCACCUGGACAUGCAUGGAGAGCACAGUAUGAAGCCCCCGUCCCCAGGAGCUGCCCUGGUGCUGGCCAAGCCCCCCUCGCCCUGUGCGCCAGGCCCCAGUAGUCAGCCAUGUGCCGGAGCAGACAGAGCCACGUCGCCCCUUGUGUCCUUAUACCCAGCCCUGGAAUGCAGAGCAUUCAUGCAGCACAUGUCUCCCACGGCUUUUGGGCUCCAUUGGGAUGAAGAUGAAAUUUUGGCGAAAGUCUUAGCGGUAUCGCAGCAGGAAUACCUGGACACGGUGAAGAAGACGUCCCUGCGCAGGGAGCCGUCGCCCGACCACAGCUGAUAGCCCAGCGAAUGGCCACUAGUGAUCGGUGUGCCCUGCCUCGCGUGGCGCACGUGGACUGUCUCCCUGUGUCAGUGCUUGCUUUUCCUUCUCUUUCUGCCCUCUCUGGUUUUAUCCCGUCCCUGUGACCCCGUUAUGUAAAUGUACCUCCGGCCCACAGAGAACUGUAUAGCUGCAUGCCACGGCUGCUUGGGCAUUUUAAUCCGAACCUCCUUCCUGCCCCGUGUCACGGCGGCUCGUCUUCGUGUCCCUGCCUUUCAUUUUUUUUCUUUCUUGUUUUUGUGCGGAGGGGAGUUUUUUGUUUUAAAUUAAGGACUGACGCGGCGGCCGCCAUCCACGCCAUCCACACCUCUCCUAUCAGCACCACUUUUGUAACUUUUUUUUGUAUUUUAUUAAGAGGAUGUUCUGAUCAUUCAGAGAAACUUAAGGGGAAAAAAACGUGUCUCGACGAUGUGCUGCGUCUUUUUGUUUUUGCUCAGCGGUUGGGGGGGGGUUUGGAGCCUACGGCUCUGUUACCGUGGAAGGUGCGUCAUCGGGCCGGAUUAUUACCCCCUGUGAGUCCACGAAUCGGCUCUCCAUCCAGCUAUGGUGUGUUACUGGCUUUCACAAUAAAGGUCUUUUCUCAGA